AUGAAGUAAGGAUAUCUCUUUUUUCUGGUUGGUGUUUAAUGUAUUCUAUACUAAUUUAAUGCUACAAAUCAAUAUUUAUUAGUGGAGAAUGAAGCAGAGGAAUGGAAAUAAAUGAAAAUUUAGAUAUAUGAACAUAAUGUUAAAUAAAUUGAGGCAAUUGAAAAUUAUGAAAAAUACUUACAACUUUAUUAUAAAUUGAAAUUAGGAUCAUAUUAUGAACUAGAAAUAGUUAUAAUUCCUGAGACUAAUUUCAAAAUUCAAUAAAUAAAUUAAAAAGAAUGUCCUAAGCAAUGUUCUAAUAAUGGAAUUUGUAUUAAUACAAGUUGUCAAUGUUAUGAAUUGUUUUUUGGGUAUUAUAUUAAAUUAUGUAUUUAAUAGAUCAAGAUGCUAAUUUGAAAUAGAAAGCUAUUAUAACAUUCAAUAAUAUAAUAUUGAAUUACAUUAAUAUGAAACUUCGUAUUUAUUAUUGUAGUAUCAAUAAUCAGAUUUGAUCAAUGAACAAGGGUAAUUUCUAUUAAUUAAGAUAGAGAUAGACAAAAAAUAUGAUUUUGUAAAGUAAUCAUCGUAUAGAAAUUCAGCUUUAUGUAGUUCUACCAUAUCAAAAUAUCUCUACAAGUAUUAAAAAUCAAAACAUUCUAUACAAUUAGUCAUUAAAUGGAUCUAGUACAAUAGAUUUUUCAUCAUUUUAUUAAUCUUAUAGCAGUUCUUCUAUUAGUUAUUCAUUCUUUUUUAUUUUUACAAAUAACUAUACAAAUAACUAAAGAUAUUCAAUAACUUUUGAAUUAAAAAGCCAAGAGAUCACAUUUUAAGAUUUUAUUUUAGUAACUAUACUUAGUGUAGUUGCAUUUAUCAUUUUAUUAAUUGUUAUAUUUAUAGUAAGAAGGAGAUGCUAAUAUAUUUAAAUAAGUAAAUUAAAAUAUUCAAUUGAUAAUUAACCAAAAAUUGAUAUUGUUGGAUAAUUACCAAUUGUUACACCUGCAAAAGAUGAAGAAUGUAUAGUGUGUUUAGAUUUAUUGGAAAAUUAGUAAUGUAGAUAAACAUCUUGUAAACAUAUAUUUCAUGAAUAAUGUUUGAAUGAAUGGUUAUAAAAAUAAUAAACUUGUCCAUUAUGUAGAGAUAACUUAUUUGAAGAAGAAGGAGCAUAAAUAAUGAAAAUUAGAAAUUUAAGUUCCUCCUCUAUAGUUGCUGGCUAAUUUUCAAUUAUUUAAAGUGAAAGACAACCAAUUUAAUAAAUUAUACUUUCAAGAUCAAUGAAUAAUAGAUUAGCUGCAUUCUAAUGA